AUGACUGUCACCGAGAAGAUAAAGGAGGCCGUUGGCAUUUCCGGCGAGACCAAGCAGACUACCCGUGAGGAGAUGAGCGCCGCCCGACUGCCGCUGCCGUAUCGAGAUUCAUGCGCACAUCUGCUGAUUCCUCUGAACCGCUGUCGAUAUGAGGAGUUCUACUUGCCGUGGAAGUGCGAGGACGAGCGACACUCGUAUGAAAAAUGCCAGUAUGUCGAGUUCAAGCAGCGCGUGGCCAAGAUGGAGGAAUUAAGGGCAGCCAAGGCCGGAGCCAGGAGCAAUUGA